GAGAGAGUGGGAGGGUGUAGGCUGGGGAAGAGAGAGAGUGGGAGGGUGUAGGCUGGGGAAGAGAGAGACAUUUGUGGAAGGCUGUGUGGCUGUUAAAGGAGCGAAGCCCGCGGAAAUCCACCAUCGACGUCCGUCCCCAGAAGUCCGAUGUCCCCACAAGUUUGAUGUCCCUUCAAGUCUGCUUCAAGUGAGGACCUCGGCGCUACGCAUUUCCUCUUCAUUGUCCAUUUUCUGGUCAGCGUUUCCACGUACAAACUGCACCAUGCACAAGCGUACGAAGGUGAAGAUGACGUUCUUUGUGAUCCUGGUGGGUAUGGCGUCCAUGUUUACGGCGGUGGUGACGGACCAUUGGGCCGUGCUGAGCCCGCAGGUGGAGCAGGUGAACGCGACGUGUGAGGCGGCCCACUUUGGCCUCUGGAGGCUGUGUAAGAAGAUCAUCUACAUCAGUGAGGUGGACUACAAUGGAAAGGGUUGUGGCCCCAUCAGCUUACCUGGAGCGGAGAACUGCACUUACUUCAAACACUUCACUCCUGGGGACGAGUCUGAGAUUUUUGAAGUCAAAACCCAGAAAGAGUACAAUAUCUCGGCAGCGGCCAUCGCCAUCUUCAGCCUGGCUUUUAUGAUCCUGGGCACCUUGUGUCUCUUGUGCUCCUUCAAGAAGGGAAAUGACUACAUCCUCAAACCUGCCGGAAUGUUCUUCGCUUUCGCAGGUCUGUGCGCCAUCAUCUCAGUGGAGGUGAUGCGUCAGUCGGUAAAGCGGAUGAUCGAGAGCGAGGACACCAUCUGGAUAGACUACUCCUACGCCUGGUCCUUCGCCUGUGCCUGUGCCGGCUUCUGCCUCCUCUUCCUCAGUGGCCUCGGCCUCCUCCUGCUCUCCAUGCCCCGCAUGCCCCAAAACCCCUGGGAGUCCUGCAUGGACGCUGAACACGAAGUGGAGUAAUAGACAGAGGGACGAGACGAGGAAGAGAGUGACACUUUGUUUUAAAAGCAAUAAGAUCACGAUCAAGAUAAACUUUGUGUUGUGAUGUAGUGGAACCAGAGGAUUAUUUCACACAGCGCUUGGGAGCAGUCGAGUCCUGCAUGCUUUCCCGAGUCAUAGUGGAGGACCACACAAUAGUGUCAUUGUGUGACUCCCAAGUUUACGCCAAUGUGAUAGUUAUUAUAUAAAUAUUUGCAGAUAAAAGGCAUUUCCACUGCCAUUUCUCGCAUAAUUAAUUUUACAGACACAUAAAACAUCCCACCAUGUCGAUUGAUGCAAAUUGUCUGUUUUAUAAAACUACACCGGCAUUUCCUGUUUCCAUCAGCCCAGUCUUUACUUUUUUUCAAGUGUCCGGUAAUUAAUCAGCAUGAAAUGGUUGGAUGGAAACCUGGUUAAUGAUACAUUUAGACAUGUUAUUUAAUGGUAUAAAUAGUAAUGGAUUGACAUUUGACCUAUGAA